GGAAAGACAAAAAAAAUUCAAUGAGAUCGAGAUAUAUAGAAGCGAGCGCAUAAAGAAGCGACAAUACUUGCGUCAAAUGGCAAUUCAACAAUUUUAUAAAAGUAUGCAGAUGCUGCAGGCCAAUGCAAAACGCGAAAAAAACGAGCCCUUUGAGGAUUAUGCAAUUUCGUUGUACCGUCAAACUGCACCAGAUUUCAAGGAACGAGUAAAAGAUUUAGAGCAAAAAAUACUCUAUCCAGAUAGAGAAUCCAAGAUACAUGUUAGUUACCGAAAAGGUAGUGUGGACGAGGAAUUCUCGGGAAGAAUCAGAAAUUUUGAAGAUAAGCUGAAAGGAACAGCACCUUCUGAGAAGAAACCUAAGGACCUUUUACGUGCUAUUGGUAAGAUUGAAAAAACUGACUGGAACGUAAAGGAAAUUGAGAAGAAAAUCGAAGAGAAUAAAAUGGGGCGCAGUGUGCGCCACGAUCGCAUAGAAAGAGUGCCGAAGUGGAGUCGCGAGCAGAUGUGUAUAUGUUUUAUUCAGUUUUUAGCUCGGCAGAUCAAAAUGGAAAAGCGGGGCAACAAUCAGAGAGACACUUACAGUAAGUACGCUGACAUAGACAAUACUCUGAAGAAUAUAGGCAAGAAAAUCCAAGAAGGAAAUGUGCUUGGCUAUAAUAAAGUUUCAGCCAUGGCUGAACAAUUUUUAAAUAAAACUCAAGAUGCAGAGCCGAAGAUGCAGAAAUCGGUAAAUAAAAAUUUACGAUUUUUACAGGAAAGUAGUAAAAUGUUAAUAGAAAUUUUAUGUUGCAUCAAUAUUUGUCAUAUCUCAUGUCUAUUGUCUUGCAAGGAUUUGAUUUAAUUGUAGAAACAUCCAAAAAAUAUAUAAGUUAUUCUAAUGGCCAAACAUUAGAAAAAUGUAAGUAGAUCUAGUUAAGAAUGAUCAACCGAUUCCUAUUCACUGUGUCCUUAUUAAUUUUUUCAAAAUAAUCUGUUGACAUACUAUAACUAGCAACACGGCAGAAACCAUAAAGUGCAAGCAUCAUGUGACUGUGAAUCACAGUAUGAACUGAAUAAAUAAUACUUAGCAUAUAAAUUCAUAAAAAUAGAAAUGUGACAGACUGUACUGGCAUUAUGUUAUAAUAGAAACAUAACAAGAAUAGGACACGGUUUUCCGAAUGAUUCUAUUGAUUACAAAGUAUUUAUUAAAUUAAGAUGUUGAUUGGUAUCGUCGGAUUUGACAUUACCAUCUUUCCACUUACUCGUUUGUUUGCGAUGAUCUGAUCGCAUUUUUGAAUGCCAGUAGCAUUUUUAAAGUGCUUAACGUUAAUCUCAUUUAUAUUUUGAAUUAUUUUGAUGUAAAAUUAGUUCUUCUGUCUGAAAAUAAAAUUGUCAGCUGACUAUACAUUUAAAAGUGCUUUCGAAGACUCUCGGAAAUUCUUGAAAAUAUUUGUAUUACCUUUCGUUAUGUUAUUAAUCUGUGAUGGAAUGAGAUACAUUUUUGAUAGCAACAAUUAUCAUAAAGCGUAUGUGUCCUUUAGAA